ACAGUUUAUUUUGGUAUGUACCUAUACAGGAUGGGGUCAACCAGACAUAGCAUGGCGUUUUUGUUUUUUCCUCUGUGUGCCGGGGGAGGGGGGUAAAAUAUGGAGGCAGUUGAAUCGUGCUGUGAGAUUUAUGUAGAGAAUUACUCCGUGGGCACUAGUCCCCCCCCAUUCUUCGACCCUAAAGACUUCGAAUCUCUUCCACCACACCAAACCUUCCAUCUUCAACUUCAACCACAUCAAUCAAUCAAUCGUUUUCCCACGUCAAAGUCAAUCGCGCUUUACCAUAGCCGAACUAGAGAGCGUUAUCGAGAUCUCCUCCAACAGAAGACGAUAAUUUCCCGCGCGUUGAAUUGCUCAUGGUGCCAAUCGACCUCUCUAACUUCAAGUUUCCUCCCCCAAGGGCGCGCAACCGACAGCGACAGCGAUACAGCAACAGCGACAGCAACAGCGAUACAGCAACAGCGACAGCGACAGCGAUAUAGCGGGAAUAGCAGGGCAGCUUCCCAAGCCAACAACGCCGACAACCACAUCGCGAACAACAUCGUCGCCAGCGAAGGAGGGCAGGGCGCAGGACAGGGCGCAGGACAGGGCACAGAUUAGUCAGACAGCUUAGUCAGGCAAGAAACUCGCAUACAAUCUCGCGAAGAUGGUGCCAAAUGGCUAGAUUCAGCUCAAUUGAGCGCCUUGCAGUAAGAGGUGUAUUCGAGCGAUUUGAGCGAUUUGAGCCACUCUUCGCGUUGAGCAGUAAGAUGGGUGCGCAGUCAGAAGGAGAGAGAUGUGGAUGUGCCAGCGAUAACCCUAACCCUGUGCCGUGUUGGGA